AUGUCGUCGUAUCUAGAGAAGCAGUCCUCGGUAUUCAGAGGCAGUCUCGCCUCGGCCGCGUCCAAACUGUCCAAUCCGUCGAGCCUCAAAGCCACGGCCUCUCUCGCUCCGCCAUCGCCCUCGCCAUCCGCCGCCUCAGACAGCAACACACCGACAUCAAAGAGGAAGCGGGAUGUCGCUCCAGAGGUGUUUUCGCAGCCGCAGCUGACGGGGUACGGCGCCGAGGUCAAGACGCAGAUGACGUUUGCGGUGGAGUAUCUGAAGAAGAAGGGCGACGCAAAGACCAUCACGGACAUCAUCGACCACCUGAGUCUGAGGAACUACACGGAGGAGCACAAGAAGGAGCUGACGGAGGGGCUGAGGGGACAUCCGCGGGUGGAAUGGAGGCCGGAUCCAAGCCUGAGCGAGCAGACGUGGAAGACGGGCACGUACAAGCACCGGCCCAUCAUCCCGGGAGUCAAGGACGCUACAUCGCUACUGGCCCAUCUGCAGCGCAAGACGGACUCUUCGGGGGUGUCGGUCAAGGACCUCAAGGACGGCUGGCCCGACUGCGAGGACACACUGGCGAAGCUGGAGCACGAGCACAAGAUCCUGGUGGUGCGCACCAAGAAGGACAACUUCCCGCGGUACGUGUGGGCUGACGACGCGUCGCUGCACAACUCUGUCGAGCCCGAAUUCCAGGCCAUGUGGCGCCGCGUGCAGCUGCCCAGCCUGGACGACAUGCACCGCAAGCUGGUGAGCGUUGGGCAGAAGCCGACGAGCGACGACCCGCGCAAGGCCGUGGCGGCGGCGGCGAAGCCCAAGCAGCAGAAGAAGAGGGCCGGCAAGCGCAUUGGCAAGGCCACCAACACGCACAUGACGCACCUGCUCAACGAUUACAGCGGCAUGAGGCGGUGA